AUGUCAAUUGAUACGGUAGUAUUGGACAUUGAAGGAACAAUUUGUCCAAUAUCCUAUGUAAAAGAGAUAUUGUUCCCCUAUUUCGUCGCAAAACUUCCCUCUUGUCUAGACUCAAUAGAAUUUCCCUUGGAUAAAGCAUCAAAUGAUUUAGUAGUCAAGACUUUGACCCAGCUUUCACCCGAUAUCACCACUUCGGCAAAGUCGACUUUUGACUAUCUCAAAAAGUUGGUGGAUAACGAUGUCAAGGACCCCGUCUUGAAAUCAUUGCAAGGCUUGGUGUGGAAACAGGGUUACCUCUCUGGCGAAUUAAAGAGCCCCAUUUACAAAGAUUCAAUUGAGUUUAUACAAGAUUUUCCAAAUACAAGUCAAAAAAAAAUCUACAUUUACUCAUCGGGCAGCAUUAAUGCACAAAAGCUAUUAUUCAGUCACGUUGAUAAUGGCGAUAAUACGAUUGAUUUGAAUCCCCAAUUGAGUGGAUAUUUCGAUAUAACUACUGCAGGUUUCAAGCAAGAACCUUGUUCUUAUUCCAAGAUUAUCGAGAAAAUCAACAAAAGAGGUAAACAACUGUCAAUCUUGUUCUUAAGCGAUAACAUCAAUGAAGUUAAAGCAGCAAUUCAGGCAGGCAUGCAAAGUUUUAUCGUGGUGAGAGAUGGAAAUGCACCCAUACCAGAAAACGAGUUAUCCUCACACAAGGUAAUCCACUCGCUAGCUCAACUCGAUUUAUAG